UUUUUCUCCAAUUUUUUUUGUGUCAACAAUUUAACAAACAAGGACAAAAAUAAGGGGGGAAUGUGUUGAAAUCAAUUGAUUUUUUAAAUUCUUUAUGGGACCAAUCCCGUCAUGACCGCCCUUGUUUACUGUAUUGUUUACAUUCUUUUUUGCUUCUGUCCGAAGGAAAGGAAAGGGGGGGGAAGGCUUGGGCGAAGGCUGGCAAUUGGCGAGUAGAAAAAUAAAAAUAUAAAUAGUCUCGGUUUUGUGUUCCCUUUUUUAACCCCUUUUCUUCACCUUUCUCUUUUAUUUUUUUUAUUUUUCACUUUAAAAAUGUUAUUUUUUUUGUUUUUCUUGAUUUUCUCCCCCAAUUAUUUUUGUUUUUUUUAAAUAAAUAACAAAAACAUAUCAAUCAAUUUAGACUUAAUUACUGUAUUUAUUUGUGUCUGGUGUGUUGUUGAUUAAAGUGUAUUUUUAAAUACCUCUAUGUUGAUUGAGAACAUUUUUAAGGGGUGGAAAGAGGAAAUAAAUUCCAAAAAUUUUUUUCUUCCGGGUGAUUUCUUUUGUCCGGUUCUCGACAAUGUUUGGAGCUGGUACCUAAAUUCCUCUACCCUUACCUUUAUGCGAGUACUAGGGAAAAAAGCCUACGCGAGUACAAGCAAAUUUUAA